AUGGCGUUUCGCCUCACUCUGCCCGCGCUCGGAUCUCGGGCGAAGGGUUACGAAAACCGUGUGAUGGUCUACGCACACCGCCGCCACCGUGCACGAUAUCAGGCGCCCAAGCUGCCCCAUACACGCUCGCCGCUGGCGAAUAAGCCCCCGGAGGAGUACGGCAACACAUGGGACCCUCGAACGGGGAUGGAUUGGUACUGCCGGAUGCGGCACCGUGGCGCCUACCGUCACUGGCCGUGGGCGCGGUGGACCGAUGACCCUGUUCGCCACCACCACGAGGCGCCGCCCAGUCGGACUUUUUCGCACAUCUCAAACGGGUCGAACGACGGUGUGCCCCUGUGGAACUACUACGCGGAGGUAGGGCAGGAGUACAACACACCGAGCCACUUCCCGUUGCACUAUAUGACUCCCUUCAUCCACCAGUACACAGGGAAGGUGUGGUCGAAGCAUGAUAUUGAACGCCACCUGAGGCUCAUUGAGGAGCGAACAGGGCUCCUGUCCAUUCAGGAUGUGCACGACAAUUUACCACGACUGCAGGAAUGGGGAGAGGUGGAGAUGGGCGCGGUGCCUCAUGGCCUUAUUCAGCAUGUGGAGAUGCUAGCAGACGAAAUCGUUUUGCAGAACCAGAAAAAAACAUUUAGAAAGAAGUUGCAUGAAAGUGGUGUGCUGCGGACCUCCACAAUGGAGCGGUACUACGCACUGCCACACCUACGCUCGGGCCCUGCCAUGCCAAGGAUACUUGCGCAGCCGUCGGGGGUGUUUCCGUGGGGCAAGUACACAUACAUGCUUGGGGGCACAAAAAUUCAUCCACUCCACAGGCCAGAUGGUUUUUUCAAGGAUAAUAUGUACCCGGCGUAG